AUGUUUCCUGAAAAGAGAGAUCUCUCGUAUUUCCUCCCCUUCGGCCCCGCACCGAGCCUGAGCACGCUACCGUCGGACGCGGGAUUCGGCGGGAGCCGCGAAGCCGGCGUUACAACCGGCGUUGCCGCCGGUGGUGUUGCCGGCGCAGGCACGAGCUACGGCUUCAGCGGUGCCGGCCCGGCGGGGUUUAACACGGAUGCGGCGAACACAGCGGCGUCGCGGCUGUACGCGACGGGAGUGGCGAGUGUCGAGACGUUAGCCGACGCGAUAAUCGACAUUCGCAGGGAGCUGAGUCUCAGCGAUGGUAACCCUCGGCUCGCGAAAGGCCUCGCUGAAUUCUUCGACGAGAUUCUCUCCGAGGAGGAAUCUCAGGAGUUUUUCUUCUUCACGCUGCCCGGAAUGGCCUCGCUCGCUCUCCGUCUCCCGAGCCUCGUCUCCCAGCAGGCUCGGAGCGUGGCUCGGGCAGCCCAAGCCGCAGCGCAAUCCGGCAGCAGCGGGGGGAGCGGAAGCGGCGGAAGCGGAAGCGGAAGCGGGAGCGGGGGGAGUGAGAAGUGGCGGAGGGGGACGCAGAUGACGCUGCAGCUGCUGAGGCCGCAGCAGCCGGGGCUUGUGCUUAUAACGCAGGAGCUUGCUGCGGCGCUAUUGGUGGGCGCGUUCUUCUGCGUGUAUCCCACGGCCGGGCGCGCGCAGGAGAGACUACCAGAGAUCAACUUCGACCGCCUCUAUGGCGGCAUAUACGAGGGCUCGCCGCAACAACAAGAGAAGCUGCGCUGCCUGCUGCACUACUUCCGCCGAGUCGUCUCCUCCAUGCCUCAGGGCGCCGUCUCCUACGAGCGCAAGGUGCUGCCGCUCACUGCUGUCACACCCGCCACUGUCACACCCGCUGCUGCCGCCCCGCCGACCCUCCACCCGUUCAACACCCCCGGUACUGACACACCAGGCCACCUAAAGCAACAGCAGCAGCAGCAGCAGCAGGAUGUAUUGGGUUGGGGUGGGGAGGCAGGGGAGGGUGGAGGGCGGGGAAGUGGGACCAUGAGACAAGGCGGAGGUAGUUCGCCGCCCGGAAGCGGUGGGAGUGGUGGGCAGGGUGGGCGGCACGGUAGCGGUAAUGGCGGCAGUAAGGGCAGUGGUCCGACAACUGGCUCGGAUUCGAGCCUGGGAGGGUCGUGGGGGAAGGGCGGGGAAGGAGGGGGGUUGCGGAGUGGAGGGAGCACCAGGAGCUUCGGGGGGAGCUGGGGGACGCUUCCCCCUCCCCCUGGCGCGGACUUCUGGGGGACAAGGCGGAUUCCGCUCUGCGCCCUGGUGGUGAGUGCGAAGGGCGUUGUGGGGGGGGAGGGGAGAGGGUUGUUGGGGGGAGAGGCGUGCUGGGUGAAGGGGGAUGUGCCCAUGCACCACCAGGUGCACGAGCGCGGCACAAUAGAGGACGACGGCACGGGCUGUGUGCAGGUGGACUUCGCCAAUGCCUUUGUGGGCGGCGGCACGCUCGGCUCGGGGUGCGCGCAGGAGGAGAUUCGUUUCGUCAUCUGCCCGGAGCUCAUCGUGGGAAUGCUUUUCCUGCCCGCCAUGGAGAACAACGAGACGAUUGAGAUCGUGGGGCCCGAGCGGUUCACUAGAUACACUGGGUGA